GGUUUGUCCCUCGCGAGGUGCCACAGCUCAUCACAGCGCCGUUUCCAUAGAGACCAAAGUAUCCGCCAGACGCGAACGGACCCCUCAAAUUAAACUGCACGUAACACCGAUAAACAGCAAGUAUCCGCUUUUACGACAGUAAACAGCAACUUGAGGCAACUUAAAAAAAAAUACACGUAAAAGUUAAAUGCCGACGUUUUCAAAAUGGACGCCGAAGAGACGUUUGACACAUUUAUGCGCGAGCUAAAUAUUCAAGCCAUCGCUGAUACUGACGCAGCCGACGAGGUCUUCGCUGUGUCGCCACACGACGACGAUGAUGAAGAAGACGACGAUGAUGGCGAUGGCGACGACGACGACGAUGAUGAUGAUGAUGACGUUCCCCAUUCUCUGCUGCGCUACUUUGAAACCUCGAGAAGCAGAGCGGCAGCUUGUGAGAAACUCCUCCUGGAGGAGCUCCGAGACUUCCCCACCGACGCCACGAUGAACUUCCCGUUUGAAGUCGACGGCGACGCGAGGAGACUGAACGAGCGGGUGGAGGACGAGGAGCACAACGCUCCCACUGACACCCGCCUCCCACCCACGGAGACAGAAGCUCUUUUCACUCGCAGUGUGUCAGCGUGUCCCAACAAUGGAGCGCUAAUAACAAAGCCACACACGGUGAAGGAGGAGGAGCUAAAGAGACAAAUAGAACGAGACUUCCAGACGGAGCUGAAGAAGAUGAUGGAGGUGGAGAAGCUCCGUCAGAAGGAAGUGGAGCUGAUGGGGAAGAGAGCUCAGGAACAGCUUGACCAGGAGUGGCUGCUCCAGCAGGAACUGAUGAGCGAUUUACAGAGACGAGUGAAGGAAGAGAGGAGGAAGAGGGAAGAGGAGCAGAAGAGGAUGAAGGAUGAGGAGGACAAAAGGACACGGGAAGAGGAGAACAUCAAGAUGGAGGCGGAGAGGAAAGGAAUGGAGGAAGAGAGGAGGAGGAGGAAGGAAGAGGAAGAGAGAAGAAUAGAGGAGACAAAACUUAAGAAAGAGAAGGAGAGGAAACGCGAGGAGGAGGAAAAGAGGAGAGGAAUAGAGGAAGAGAUGAAGAGGAAGGAAGAGGAAGAGAGAAGAAUAGAGGAGAUGAAACUUAAAAAAGAGGAGAGGAAACGAGAGGAGGAGGAAAAGAGGAGAGGAAUAGAGGAAGAGAUGAGGAGGGAGGAAGAGAGGAGAAUAGAAGAGAGGAAACGCAAGGAGGAAAAGAGGAGAGUAGAGAGGGAGGAGAAGAAGAAGAGAGAAGAGGAAAAAAACAAGAUAGAGAAGGAAAAGAGGAAGCUGGAGGAGGAGAUGAGAAUGAUGAAGGAGGAAAAAGAGAGGGAGAAGAAGGAAGAGGAGGAGGAGGAGAAGAGGAAAAUGGAGGAGGAAAGAAUAAAGAUAGAAGAAGAGGCAAAGAAGAAGGUGGAGAAAGAAAAAAGAAAAAUGGAGGAAGACAUAAGCCAGAAGGAGGAGGAUAAUAGUAAAAUAGAGGAAGAGGUGAGAAUCACUGUGGAGAGAAAGAAGGAGGAGACGAGGAAAAAGAAUGAAAAGGAAGAAGAGACUGAGGAGAGGAAGAAGGAGGAGGAGACGAGGAAAAAGAAAGAAAAGGAGGAAGAGACUGAGGAGAGGAAGAAGGAGGAGGAGACGAGGAAAAAGAAAGAAAAGGAGGAAGAGACUGAGGAGAGGAAGAAGGAGGAGGAGACGAGGAAAAAGAAAGAAAAGGAGGAAGAGACUGAGGAGAGGAAGAAGGAGGAGGAGACGAGGAAAAAGAAAGAAAAGGAGGAAGAGACUGAGGAGAGAAAGAAGGAGGAGACGAGGAAAAAGAAUGAAAAGGAGGAAGAGACUGAGGAGAGGAAGAAGGAGGAGGAGACGAGGAAAAAGAAAGAAAAGGAGGAAGAGACUGAGGAGAGGAAGAAGGAGGAGGAGACGAGGAAAAAGAAAGAAAAGGAGGAGGCUCUGAAAAAGUUGCAUGCAGAGUUGAGGAAGAACGAAGAGGAAGCUAAAACUAAAGAAGAACCAAGACCCAUCGUGGAGGAGGAGAAGAGGAAAAGAGAAGAUGAAAGGAAAACAAAAGAGGGAGAACGGAAAGAAGAAGAAGAAGAAGAAGAAGAAGAAGAAGAAGAAGAAGAAGAAGAAGAAGAAGAAGAAGAAGACAAAAGCCCAUCUCCAGCCUCUUCAGCGCUCUGCGUGUGACCUUUAACCUUAUGG